UUGAUCAAGACAUGUUUGUAUGCUGCAAUCACUGUAUUUGUACACCUUUAAUCCAACAACCAACCGGUGAUAUCCACGAAUGCAGUUUUAUUUUCUCAAAAAUUAAUGUAGCAGACUAGUUAUAAUGGUUUGUGAAUUGUUAUUAAACCUAUUUUGGUACUGUUUGAUUGCAGGAAUUGCUAUUAUCGUUGUUGCAUUGAUUGUCAUUUAUGUUUCAUCAGAACCAUAUCCCAGCCUGGCUUUCCAUACCACAGAAAAUACAUUCUACACAUCUACUGACUGUACUCGAUCUGAAGAAUUCCCUAGUAUUAAAGAUGCAGCGAGCAUUGAUCUAUCAGUUAUUGUGCCAGCCUAUAAUGAGGAGCAACGUCUGCCUAUCAUGUUGGAUGAAGCCCUGGAUUUCUUGAAAGGAAAGCAGAAGAACUAUCCUAGAUUUUCUUAUGAAAUUAUAGUCGUGGAUGAUGGCAGCAAGGAUAAAACUACACAAGUUGCUUUAAAAUACAGUGAAGAUUAUUCUUCAAACAAAAUUCGAGUAUUGACACUCUUCAAGAAUCAUGGAAAAGGAGGUGCAGUUAGAAAGGGAAUGUUAGUAAGCAGAGGACGACACCUGUUAUUUGCAGAUGCUGAUGGUGCCAGUAAAUUUGCUGAUUAUGAAAAAUUAGAAACUGAAUUAGACAAAAUUAUCAAUAAUGAUUUAGGUGUUGUUUGUGGUUCAAGAGCACAUUUAGAAGAAGAAUCUAAAGCUCAAAGAUCCAUCUUUAGAACAUUCCUUAUGUAUGGCUUUCAUUUCCUUGUAUGGUUUUUGUGUGUUCGUGGUGUCAGGGAUACUCAAUGUGGAUUCAAAUUAUUAACAAGAAAAUCAGCAGAGAUUUUGUUUUCUAAUCUCCAUGUAAAUAGAUGGGCCUUUGAUGUUGAUUUAUUGUUUUUAGCUCAGUAUUUUAAGAUGCCAAUAAGUGAAGUUGCAGUUACCUGGCACGAAAUAGAAGGUUCUAAGAUGGUGCCAGUUUUUAGUUGGAUUGAAAUGGGAAUAGAUAUUUUAUUGAUACGUAUAAAAUAUUUCAUAGGAGCUUGGAAAAUCAGGGAGAUCAAACAAGAAUGAUCAUUUUUUGAAACUAAUUAUUUUAUUUUUUCAUGGGAUUAUUGUUAUAUUUUUUGUUGGUAUAUAAUCAUGAUUAAAAUUCCCAUUUCAUAUAUAGUAUAAAGU